AUGACUGCUGCGCCUGCUGCGCCUGCUGCACGCUCGACGGCUGUCCGCCCGCCGCGCGCCCCAGACGCCGUGCACCGACCCCGGGGCAUGACAGCUAGCGUCUCCGCGUACAGCACCCUCGAGUCGCUCCUCGUCUUCCAGUGCCUCAAGAACUAUGGCGUGACCCCGAAUGCGUUCAGCAAGACGUCGGAGCUGCUGAAGGCCAACCCCGACAUCACGGGCCACACGUUCUUCCAGAGCGGCCGGCUAAGUCCUGAUGCCUUGCGCAGCUUCUACCUCGAGCGUCUGAGGAGAGAGAUUGAGGUGGAGCAGAGCGGCGACAGCGAUGCGCAGAACGGCGAGAACCCCAGAAAGAGAAAGGCCACAGGCGCCACGUUGCCCACCGUCCAGGAAUCGCUCCGGUACACGCACCUGAUGCCCAAGCUCGUCGAGAAGCUGUACGCCACCUACCGCAACGAGAUCGUCGAGCAGAUCAGGGCCGAGGAGGAGCGCUAUGAGAAGCUGCAGCGCGAAGUGCAGAGCAUCGAGCGCGGAGAGUGGGAUGAACAGCUGCGAGAACGGGUGAACGGAAGGACGCGGUCCUCGCGCAGCCCGAGUGUGGCUAAGAAGUCGCCUCCUGUUGCGCAAAGCCCGCUGCCACAGGCGGGCGCUGAGAAUGGAGCAAGGGGACCGGGUGGACCGCAGCAGACACCACAGCAGGGACAGGCGGUGGUGGGCGCUCCCAAGACGUCACCCAGAAAGAAGAAGGACCAGCGCCCAACGCCCGGUACUUCACAGCCGAUCGCUGCUUCGCCAAGUCAACACCCAAAUCAACACCCAAACCAGCCUCAACCUUCGCACUUCCAGCAGCCUCCUCCCCCGAAUGCAGGAUACAACGGCCCUCCUUAUCCACAUCUCUCGCCCUUCCCUCCGGGUCAGCAGCCAGCCCAGCCCAGCCCCCAGCAGGGCCAUGCUCGUCCUCAUCCCCCGUCACCCGCGCCAGGACAGCCAGGGCAGCCAGGACCGCAGUACCAGCCUCAGCCGAUCCAGCCUUACGAACCGAACGGAGUGCCGCAAUACGGACCACCUGGCGGACCUCCACCGUUUUCGCCUAACCAACGCUUCCCACAGCAGCCGCCAGGGCCACACUCCCCGAGCAUGCACACACCGCAGCAGCAGAAGGGCUACUUCCCGCAUCCUGCACCGCCAUCCCAUCCUCCUCAGCACCUGAACCAGCCACCACCACCUCAAGCUGGCUUUAUGCUCCCUCCAUUUCAGGUCUCACCCCAAGAUCCUUCACGAGUUCACCAUCCUCCGAUCUCGACGCCACAGUAUCCUCAGGUUUCUACGCCCAUCAACAAACGAUCUGCCUCUCAACAGCAUCAUCAUCACACUCCAAGCGCCAACAGGCCAGGCGCGCCGCCUAUGCAUCCACUGGUAACCCAGGCUCGACAGUCAUUCUCGACACCCCUCAACAACCGAUCGCCACAACACAGCGCCACGAGCACGCCACAAUCAGCGAAGACCCGCUGGAAGCAACCACCUCCUGGCACUCCCGGCGGUGUACCCGGAACGCCUCGUCCUGUACCAGAGAUCAUUGACGAUAUGCCGCCGCUAAGUAGUUCGAAACAAAGUCCGGCCAAGUCGAAAUCGCAGCGGAAAUCGAGAGGGAAGGGCAAGGCGAAAGAGAAGGAAGCGGAGAAGGCUUCGGAGGAGAAGCCUGUGCCAGACUCAGAGGCACAUCCAGAAACACCUCUGCCAUUCAGCUCAUUGGAAGUACCUGCACCAGACUCGGGUACUCGACAAGGCCGAUCACGGCGCAAAGCACCUGCAAAGCGUGGAAGACCCGGUAGUGUCGCUUCUUCACGAGCGGGUGGUUCGGUUCGAGAUCGUAGUAGGAGCCGGUCUGUCCUGUCCCACACCGACACCGUAGCCGAUACAGAUUCCCAGGCUGGCCACCGAAUCAAGACUGAGCGUAGAGGCUCUUUGGACGAUGGGAUGGAAGAAGAGUCGGUCAACACACCCUCGCAGAUGACCAAGCGCCGACGAGGUGCAGCACCCGUAACCGCGCCUUCCUCAACGCGUCGAAAACGCAAUGCCCGUGAAGCCUCCCUGGUAGAAUCCGAAGAUACGCCCGGCACACCCAGCCCAGAUCGCACCAUCAUCGCCCACCGCAACUUCCACCGCACCUGCCAGCCCAUGCUCGACGAUAUCACCUCCCACAAGCAUGCAUCGAUCUUCAGCACCGCCGUCAAGCACAAGGAUGCAGAAGGCUACUACGACAUCAUCAAACGCCCCACAGACCUCUCCGCCAUCAAGAAAGCUCUCACUAACGGUGCAAAGUACGUCACAGCCGCUGCUUCUGAUACCCCCAUCGGCAGCCCCGGCGGCGCGGGCGCGACGAUCGAGCUUCCUAUCACGAGCGAUGUUGUACCGCCCAAAGCUAUUGUGAAUCCGGCACAGCUGGAGAAGGAGCUCAUGCGCAUGUUUGUCAAUGCGAUGAUGUUCAAUCCAGGCGAAGAUGGCGUCGUCGAGGAUGCGAGGGAGAUGUUCGAGUCUGUGCAGAGGAGUGUAUCGAGUUGGCGCAAUGUAUACGGGAGAAGUAGCGGUCGGGAUCAAGGGGAGGGCACGCCAGUCGAGGGCGAGGAGGAGGGGACGAGCAGCAAGCGCAGGAAAUUGCUUCCGUGUUUCUGUGCAUUUCGAGAAGCGUCGCACCCAUCAUGA